AGCUCAUAAAUAUAAGCUUUCGCUUAUACACCGAAGUCUAAAAUCACAAUUCCUGUUUAAAUUCAACUAUGUUAGUUCACCUUCAUCUUUUUUUUUUUUUUUUAAUAGUUUGUUGGGCUUUCUUUUCAAUAGCCAUCAAUGUCUGAAGAGGUUACUUAUGCAGAUCUAAAAUUUCAGGACUCCAGUAAAAGGGAAAACAUCCAUGAGUUUGACACAGUUGGGAUAAAAGCACCACCUGCUCCUUCCCGUGGAUGGCGCCAGAGAACCUUGGCUCUGACUCUACUAUGCCUUCUGCUGCUGAUUGGACUAGGAGUCUUAGGAAGCUUUUUUUACACAACUUUGAAGAUAGAAAUGGGAAAAUUGAAUAAACUACAAAAUUUCAAAGAAGAACUUCAGAGAAAUGUUUCUCUACAACUGAUACAUAACAUGAAUAAUUCCAAGAUGAUCAUGGACCUGUCGAACACACUGCAAGAAAUAGCCACCAGAUUAUGUCAUGAGCUCUAUAAAAGAGAACCAGAGCACAAAUGUAAACCUUGUCCAAAGACAUGGAUGUGGCAUGAGGACAGCUGUUACAUACUAACUGACAAUUAUGAAACAUGGCAAGAGAGUGUCAUGUUCUGUUCUGCUCAAAAUGCCAGCCUGCUGACAAUUAAGAACAAAAGUGUAUUGGAAUUUAUAAAAUCCAAGAGGUUACAUAGAUACUGGCUGGGAUUAUCUACCAAAAAAGAUCAAAGUUACCAGAAACUGGAUGAGACAAUUAUCUCUUCCAAUUGGCUUACAAGAAACAGAAAUGAUGUAAAUGGUAGGAUGCAUUGUGGGUAUAUAGACACAGUAUAUAUUUACUAUACAGACUGUAGUCUUCCAAUGCGUUUCAUAUGCCAGAAGCUGGCUGAUCCAGUGAAGAUUGAGAGUGAAAUACCAGAUGGAAAAUAUAGUUAG